UCUAGCCAUUUUUGUUGUUCCAUUUCAUAAUGCAAAUUGCUAAAGCAGCAGCACAAAAACAAUAGUGAUAAUUUAUGAAUAUACUAAUUAAUAUACAAGGAAGCAUUGUUAGGCUGUGAGUCAUUGAUCUUUUGAACCAAAGAAGCUACACAAAAGCAUGGAAAUGAGUGCGGCUAUGCUUGCGCGUGUCUCCUUUUAUCCAACGCUGCUCUACAAUGUGCUAAUGGAAAAGGCGACGGCAAGGAAUUGGUACGAUCGUAUUGAUGAAAAUGUUAUACUGGGAGCGCUGCCCUUUAGAAGCCAAGCAAAUGACCUAAUUGAAAAAGAGAACAUGAAAGCUGUCGUGUCAAUGAAUGAAGACUACGAACUUACCGCUUUUUCUAACGAUUUACCUAAAUGGAAGGCCCUUGGCAUUGAAUUUUUACAACUGGCUACCACAGAUAUAUUCGAGUCACCCAAUCAAGAAAAGCUCUACCGUGGCGUAGAGUUCAUAAAUCGCUUUUUACCACUGUCGAAGCGCAUAUCGCAAAUAGACUCGUCGCAAUAUGCCGAAAAUAUUGGUUCGGUCUAUGUACAUUGUAAAGCGGGGCGAACACGCAGUGCCACUUUAGUGGGAUGCUACCUAAUGCUGAAAAACGGAUGGACACCAGAUCAAGCCGUCGAGCACAUGCGUCAAUGUCGUCCACAUAUCUUACUGCACACCAAACAAUGGGAUGCUUUGAGAAUAUUCUAUGCAAAUAAUGUGGAGCCCCAGUCAUGACCCAGCCCGGACUGAAAUCUGAUAUACAAUCGGUUGAAUGUUUAUUCAAAGCAUAACAUAUGGUGCACGUUUUUUAUUUUUUUGU